CCUCCGCUCUCUUCUCCUGAGCCCGUGACUACAGUAGCUCAACCCCCAAGAGGCAAAGAGUCAGUUUGGGGGGCCCAGGAAAGGCAGGAGAGUCAAAGUCAGCCUCCCUGCUCCCCUCCCAACAAGUCCCUUAAGAGUCUCCCCUCCUCAUUCCUGAACUUUGGAAAAGAAAACUCAAACGUUUCCCAGAUGAAGAGGACUCACCUGUUUGUCGUGGGGGUCUACCUGCUGUCCUCCUGCAGGGCUGAAGAGGGGUUAAACUUCCCCACGUACGAUGGCAAGGACCGCGUAGUGAGUCUCACUGACAAGAACUUUAAGCAGAUUUUGAAGAAAUACGACUUGCUCUGCCUCUACUACCACGAGCCUGUGUCUUCAGAUAAAGUCGCGCAGAAACAGUUCCAGCUAAAGGAAAUUGUGCUGGAGCUUGUGGCCCAGGUCCUGGAACACAAAGACAUAGGCUUUGUGAUGGUGGAUGCUAAGAAAGAAGCCAAGCUUGCCAAGAAACUGGGUUUUGAUGAAGAAGGAAGCUUGUAUGUUCUUAAGGGUGAUCGCACCAUUGAGUUUGAUGGCGAGUUUGCAGCUGAUGUCUUGGUGGAGUUUCUCUUGGAUCUCAUUGAAGACCCAGUGGAGAUCAUCAAUAACAAACUGGAAGUCCAGGCCUUUGAACGGAUUGAGGAUCAGAUCAAACUCAUUGGCUUUUUCAAGAGUGAGGAUUCAGAAUAUUACAAGUCUUUUGAAGAGGCAGCUGAACAAUUCCAGCCUUACAUCAAAUUUUUUGCUACCUUCGACAAAGGCGUUGCAAAGAAAUUGUCCUUGAAGAUGAACGAGGUGGACUUCUACGAGCCAUUUAUGGACGAGCCCACUGCCAUCCCUGACAAACCUUACACAGAAGAGGAGCUGGUGGAGUUUGUGAAGGAGCACCAAAGACCCACCCUACGUCGCCUACGACCAGAAGACAUGUUUGAAACAUGGGAAGAUGAUUUGAAUGGGAUCCACAUAGUGGCCUUUGCAGAGAGGAAUGACCCAGAUGGCUACGAGUUCCUGGAGAUCCUGAAACACGUGGCGCGUGACAACACCAACAACCCUGACCUGAGCAUCGUAUGGAUCGACCCGGAUGACUUUCCUCUGCUUAUUACCUAUUGGGAAAAGACUUUCAAGAUUGACCUGUUCAAGCCACAGAUUGGGGUGGUGAAUGUGACAGAUGCUGACAGUGUCUGGAUGCAGAUUCCAGAUGAUGAUGACCUGCCCACAGCUGAGGAGCUGGAAGACUGGAUUGAGGAUGUGCUUUCUGGAAAGAUAAACACUGAGGACGAUGACAAUGAAGAUGAAGACGAUGAAGAGGAUGAUGAGGACGAAGAUGAGGACGACGAUGACGACAGUGAUAAUUCCGAUGAGGAGGAUAACGAUGACAGUGACGAUGACGAGGAAUAGCCCCGACUCCACAUGGUUUUGAUGACAACAGAAUCACAGCUCCCCGCUUCCAUACAGACAGCACAAGGUGGCAGCAAGCAGCCCUGGCCCACACCCAGCCAGUGCCUCUCCCUUUUCCAGCAUCUCCUUCCCCGCUCCCUUCUCAUCAGGAGCUGUGCAAUUCAGCAAAUUCCUUUCUAAAUCCAGUCCACCCACUCAGCAAGGACAAGCAGGGAAUUAUUCCCGUGCUGACUGUCUUGAUUGUCACGGAAAAGCUCUUGUUCUUUGACCAUCCGCGGUCAUGGCAGAACCGGCAUCUGGCAGUCUGGGGAGAACUACCCUCUAACACCUCUAUUCAAGUUUACUUCUCACCUUUGACCAUGACAGUAACAGAAUUGAGAGCUUGCUAACUCACAAGCACGGAGUGACCUUGUUAUCAGAGCCCAGGGAAGACACACAAUUCAUUUAGCACCCAUGCCUAGGACAUCAGUUAGGAUCCCUCUUACAGAAGGUUCAGCCUUGGAAACAAGUUUAUAAAUCAGCUUCUCUUGGCUCUAUUAAACUUAUUAUUUUAAGUGUAGGUCAGACCAUUGUGAACUCAGAUCCAAGCCUCUGGAUGGCUAUUGAGAGCCUUGAAAUGCAUGUGUACAGAUGUCAUCAUCAUUUCUAGGGUGUUAAGAAACUGGGGUGGGAGGCUGAUGUGCUCCCCGAACUUCCCUUUAGGUGACAAGUCUCACAUAGACACAUGGGGGUUGGGGGGACUGGAAGGAUGAAAGGUUUUUCAUUUUUACUGAUGGGUUCAUGUCCCUGAUGGGUCAGCUGGCUAGCUAGCCUGAGCUGGGAUCUGGACACCCCUUUUUUGUCGCUGCUGGUAAGCCUUCCCAUUUAAAGUAAAGCUUGGUUUCUCCAGAGGUCAGUUAACUCUCUAGUUAUCAGCACCCUCAUAGCCGACCAGGACAACAAUAGUUAGGAGUUCAUAAUGAUGCUCUGAGGCACUAAAAAAUGUCCUCAAGUGCCUUCUGAACUAUCUAAAAGUUGUAUUGUGUUCGAUAGUGUUAGCGCUAAGUGUGCAUUACAAUGUUCUAAUUUAUUUUCUGUCUUUCAACAUGUGUAAGACACUGCAAGUUCUUUGAAAAUAGGGCAAUCCUUUUAUGGAAUAACAGCUUAUUAACUCUGUCAUUAAAGUCAUAUUUUGAAAAUAUUGAGACUACCUUGAAAA